CAAGUGGAUACCUAAACCACACGUCGGUGGCCACGGUGGGGUAAAACACUUUCUCUUUGAAUCCGUGCCUUGGCCAGACAUCACAGUACUUCAAAGUACUCUUAGCCAGUUUUUUAUCAGCCAGUGAGCAUUGUCGUGGUCUUAGACGUUAUUUGGUGUCGCUUUCAAUCUUUUGCUCCUUUGCUGACUAUUUUCCACCUAGAUGAAGUAAUAACAACGAGAGUGGAUAGUGGAUGAGACAGAAGCCGAUUGGAUUUGUAAAUUAAUAACCGAGAGAGGUUAUUGAAUAUUCACUUUGAUAAUAAAGUGAUAAAGGUGUAUUGAAGUAAAUACUUGAGGCAUGGAAUUAUCACGUGCAUGGAUAUUACUUGUGUGUUGCUUACUAGCAAUAGGGCACGUUACAUCCGCACCGAGUCCUCAGGAGCCGGCGUUUGAACUUCCAGUCCAAUUAGUCGGAUUUCCUGUCAUCAUUGCCGCUGUCAGAAUUACUAAUUUCAUUAAGAAAUUGGCCUACUCUCUCAACCCUCAGACCUACAUGGGACGAAGUAGAAGAUCUGUGCAGGAUGAGGAGAUAUUAGAUAUUGACCAAGUGGAGAAGAAAUUAAUUGCCGAAAUGGGGGAAAAAGUUUGCAUUUAUGAGAGAACCUGCGCCAAAUUUGCCGCUAUUACACUCAAGAAAGGAUAUCGCGACCCGAAUCUUGAUUGGGAUGAAAUAUUUAGUCAAUACAAGUCAUCACCAGAUCCAAUGAAAGAAAAUUAUUUACUGAGUGUUUUUAUGGGAGAAAUAAUUGGCAGCCCUAGACUUUGUCAUCAGCUUUCUAAACGACGUGCUUGCGAUGAAAAUGCUUCCGAUUGACUAUUUUCAUCCGUUAGAAAAAUUUAUAUUUAAUGGGGAGGAAUUGAUGUGCUAUAAUUAUUACUAUGAUAAAAUUCGAACCUAGUAAUUGUAAAUAUGUAAUUUAGUAAUCAUAAUCACUCUAUAAAAAUAGUUGUGACUUGUGAAGCUGUGUAUUAUCUCGUCAGACGACAAUUACCUCAGGUGUUUUAAUAUUAUUAUAAAAUGUACUUGACUUGAAAUUGUUUUGUUAUUUUUUUAAAUAAAUACAUAAACAAAA